AUGGCGGAUACACAGCCAAAGCAGGAGAAUGUUGUAAUGGCAGAGGAGGAUGGCCAUGAUGAGGAGGAGAUCUCGCAGAUGAAGAAGAGGGUUGCGGAGAUGGAGGAGGAGGCAGCCAAGCUGCGCGAGAUGCAGGCUUCGCUCGACGUCCAGAGUCACGAUCUAUCGGACGACAAGGAGGAUAUUGACUCGAGAAGCAUAUUCGUAGGGAACGUCGACUACUCCGCCACGCCCGAGGACAUCCAGGCUCACUUCGAAAGCUGCGGCUCUAUCAACCGUGUUACCAUUCUGCUUGACAAGUUCACUGGCCAUCCUAAGGGGUAUGCGUACGUUGAAUUCACUGAGCCAACACUGGUCGCGCAAGCACUCGUCCUCAAUGACAGCAUGUUCCAUGGCCGUAACCUCAAGGUGGUCCCUAAGCGAACUAACCUUCCUGGCAUGACCGCCCGCGGUCGAGGCAGAGGGCGAGGUGGUGGUCGUGGCUUCCCAGGCAGCCGAGGUGGUUACUCUCCAAGAGGAGGAGGUUAUCGGGGCGGAUACAGAGGCAACCGUGGCAGAGGCUUCACUCCAUACGCUCCGUACUAG